AUGUUAGAAAAAAGGAAUUUGCAUAACUUCUAUUUUCAGAUACGAGUCCGCAGAGGCAAAACCCGUGUCUACGAGAAGAUUCUCAGCCAAUACGAGGGUAUUCUUGCAGUCUACUCGAUGUGUACGUGUAAAUCCGAUCUAGAGUGCAUCGCAAUCAAAGAAAAGGUUAAAAUCUGUUUGAGCUAUGUCAACCGUCCCAUUGAGAAAAUUUCUAAGUUAGAAGAACUCCUCUGGAGGGCGUCUCCAACAGGACCUCUUCCAAUGAUCGAUAAUGUGACCGGUAGAAGAGUCGUGGGUGUCACCAACACAUCCGCUAAUUGUAUAUGCUUCUAUAAUAAGGGAAAUGAUCAGCUGUGGCCGUGCUAUCACCAGAAAGAUUGGCAAGAGAGGAAGUGCUCAAGGUGA